CUAAAAUGAUCAAAGGGACCGUCCUCCCUUGUGAUGCAUGUGGCAUGUAUGGAUCUGGGUGGAAUGCGUGUGGUGAGGGCGUGUGAAGCUGAAAGAAUAGUAGGAGCCAAAGAGCUUCCGGAAGAGGAAAUUAGCUAGUAAUUCUUUCCAACCUUUGCUGGUCUAGUCAUCUCCCCAGGAUCUUCUAAAAGGUGGACAAAUCCUAUUUUCAAGAGAAGAUGACUUUUAACAGUUUUGAAGGAUCUAAAACUUGUGUACCUGCAGACAUCGAUAAGGAUGAAGAAUUUGUAGAAGAGUGUAAUAGAUUAAAAACUUUUGCUAAUUUUCCAAGUAGUAGUCCUGUUUCAGCAUCAACCCUCGCACGAGCUGGUUUUCUGUAUACUGGUGAAGGAGACACCGUGCGGUGCUUUAGUUGUCACGCAGCAGUAGAUAGAUGGCAAUAUGGAGACUCAGCAGUUGGAAGACACAGGAAAGUAUCCCCAAAUUGCAGAUUUAUCAAUGGCUUUUAUUUUGAAAACAGUGCUGCGCAACCUACAAAUCCUGGUGUCCAAAAUGGUCAGUACAGAGCUGGAAAUGAUCUGGGAAACAGAAAUCAUUUUGUUUUAGACAGGCCAUCUGAGACUCAUGCAGACUAUCUUUUGAGAACUGGACAGGUUGUAGAUAUGUCAGACACAAUAUACCCAAGGAACCCUGCCAUGUGUAGUGAAGAAGCUAGAUUAAAGUCAUUUCAGAACUGGCCAGAAUAUGCCCACUUAACCCCAAGAGAGUUAGUUAGUGCUGGGCUCUACUACACAGGUAUUGAUGAUCAAGUGCAGUGCUUUUGUUGUGGUGGAAAACUGAAAAAUUGGGAACCUUGUGAUCGUGCAUGGUCAGAACACAGGCGACACUUUCCUAAUUGCUUCUUUGUUUUGGGCCGGAAUAUUAAUAUUCGAAGUGAAUCUGAUGUCAUGAGCUCUGGUAGGAAUUUCCCAAAUUCAACUAAUCCUCCAAGAAAUCCAGCCAUGGCAGAUUAUGAAGCACGGAUCAUUACUUUUGGGACGUGGACGUACUCAGUUAACAAGGAGCAGCUAGCAAGAGCUGGAUUUUAUGCUUUAGGUGAAGGUGAUAAAGUAAAGUGCUUUCACUGUGGAGGAGGGCUAACUGAUUGGAAGCCCAGUGAAGACCCUUGGGAACAACAUGCUAAGUGGUAUCCAGGGUGUAAGUAUCUGUUAGAAGAGAAGGGACAGGAGUAUAUAAACAAUAUUCAUUUAACCCAUUCACUUGAGGAGUCUAUGGGAAGAACUGCUGAAAAAACACCACUAACUAAAAUAAUUGAUGAUAACAUCUUUGAAAAUCCUAUGGUACAUGAAGCUGUACAAAUGGGGUUCAGAUUCAGGGACAUUAAGAAAAUAAUGGUGGAAAGAAUUCAGAAAUCUGGGAGCAACUAUAAAUCAGUCGAGGUUCUGGUUGCAGAUCUAGUGAAUGCUCAGAAAGACAAUACACGAGAUGAAUCAAGUCAGACUUCAUUCCAGAAAGAGAUUAGUACUGAAGAGCAACUAAGGCUCCUGCAAGAGGAGAAGCUUUGCAAAAUCUGUAUGGAUAGAAAUAUUGCUGUCGUGUUUAUUCCUUGUGGACAUCUGGUUACUUGUAAACAAUGUGCUGAAGCAGUUGAUAAAUGUCCCAUGUGCUACACAGUCAUUACUUUCAAGCAAAAAAUUUUCAUGUCUUAAUCUAACUCUACAGUAGGCGUGUUAUGUUCUUACAAUCCUGAUUGAAUGUGUGAUGUGAACCGACUUUAAGUAAUCAGCAUUGAAUUCCAUUAGCGUCUGCCACCAAAUAGAAAAAAAAUGUAAACUGCAGUGUUAUAGUUGGCAAUCUAAAAUUUGAAUUUCUGGAUUUCUCAGGAUAUUAGCUGUAUUAUCUAUUCUUUUUUUUUUUUACUGUUACUUAAUUGAAACCCUAGACUAAGAAGUAUCAUACUGUAAUUGAUCACAUUGUAUAUUUGUAGUACACUGACUUAGCUUUAAAGUGUAAAUGAACUAAUCAACUGAAUUUUUCAUUCUUUUCAGAUAGGCUUAACAAAAGGAGCAUUCUGUAUAAAUGUGGAGAUUAAUCUCAAUCACAUAACUUGUGUGAAAAAGGAAUGAACAGUUCCACACUGGUGGUGGCAAGAUAGAGAUUAUUUUUAGAUAUUUGUAUUUUCGGAUUCUGGCCAUUUUCUUUUAAAAUUAUACACACAUACUUGAGUGGGUAAUUUUUUUAAAAAUGACUUUCCUGUUGUUAAAAGGGUAUUUAAUGAUAGAAUCUCAUCUAGCCUACAUGUACUGACAUGGAAAGAUGUCAAAGAUAUAUUAAGUAUAAAAUGCAAGUGGUAAAACACUAUGCAUUGAAUGAGCCAAAUGAAGGUGUGUGUUUUGUACAUGUAUAGAACAAAAGAUUUGGAAAGAUACGCAGCAAACUGUUAAAUGUGGUUUCUCUUGAGGGGGGUGGGGGGUGUACCCCAGGGCGGCUUUCACAUUCUUCUUUUUUCAUUUUGUUCUGUUGAAUUUUUUGUAAGUAUGUGUUCCUUUUGUAAUCAUAAUUUUUAGAAAGUAUUUUACUAAUUUAAAGGCUUAGGCAUGUUCAGAUGCCUGCAAAACUACUUAUUGCUCAGCUUUAGUUUUUCUAAUCCAAGAAGGCAGGGCAGUUUACCUUUUUUGGUGCCAAUGUGAAAUUUAAAUGUCUUUAUGCUUGUCCUGCUUUGUGGAUGAAAAGUAUUUCUGAGUGGUAGUUUUCUGACAGGUAGACCAUGUCUUCUUCUCUUGUUUCAAAAUAAAUAUUGCUGAUUUUGUAAAAUGAAAUAUAAAAUAUGUCUCAGAUUUUCCAAUUAAUUAGUAAGGAUUCAUCCUAUAAUCCUUGCUAGUUUAAGCCUGCCUAAGUCACUUUACUAAAAGAUCUUUGUUAACCCAGUAUUUUAAACAUCUGUCAGCUUAUGUAGGUAAAAGUAGAAGCAUAUUUGUACACUGCUCGUAGUUAUAGUGAAAGCUUUCCAUGUUGAGAUUCUCAUAUCAUCUUGUAUUGUAAAGUUUCAUGUGAGUUUUUACCUGUAGGAUGAUUAAGAUGUAUAUAGGACAAAAUGUCAAGUCUUUCCUCUCUCUAACUUCUUUUGUUUUCUUGGCUAGUCGUAGUAGUAGAUACCUCUGAAAUAAAUAUCCUCUCAAGAUCCUUAAAGACGUCUUGGAAAUUAUAAAAUAUUGACAAUGAAAGAAUAGUUGUUUAAAUAUUAAAGAAAAAAAUAAAACUUGAAUAAGAAUUAAUACAGAUAAAAAAAUGGAAGUUUAAAAAUGCUUCAUAGAACACCCAAGCUUUACAUUACAAGAUUCUCACAAUGACCUGUUGUAGAGGUGAGUGAGGCAUUUUACUGCAGAGAAAAGUUUGAGAGUGAAACUUAAAAAUUCUAAUUAUCGUUGUAUUUUCUAAGAGAAAGUAUUGUCAUGUUCUCCUAACCUCUGUUGAUUGCUAUUUAAAUGAUACUCAUUUAAAGCAUUGCAAAUUUAAAUGAGAAUUUUUAAAAUUAAAUAAUGACUGCCCUGUUUUGUUUUACUAUUAGUUAUACAUUCUUUAAGUUAAAUUGUACAUGUAUAGUCUAAGCUUUAAAUUUAAAUUACAAGGGGAGAAAAGUGUUAAAGUGUUUAAAGUGUGCCUUCCAGGACCUGCCAGCUCUAAGUCAAGUAGUUAUUUUUAGUCUCGUUGUUGCCCAAAGACUGAAUUGUUUUAACAUAAGGCUUUUCCUGUUCUGGGAGCCUCAGUUCAUUAAAACUCUUCUUUUAAAACUUGUUUGUUAAGAAUUUACCAAGACCAGGGGGCGGCUGGUUAGCUCGGUUGGUUAGAGUCCCGGUGCUCUUAACAACAAGGUUGCCGGUUCAUUCCCCACAUGGGCCACUGUGAGCUGUACCCUCCACAACUAGAUUGAAACAACUACUUGACUUGGAGCUGAUGGGUCUUGGGAAAACACACUUAAAAAAAAAAAGAAUUAACCGAGACCUUUUUUCUCCUCAUGAGUUGUGAGAUUUAAUGCAUGAAGCUGAUGUGACUAACAAGUUUAAGAAUUGUUUAAAAAUGCUGUUGCCAUCAAGUUCUUAAAUCACUCAGCACUCCAACUUCUAAUCAGAUUUUUAAAGACUUACCAAUGUUUGUAUUCACACUACAAAAAGUACUGGAUCCUUCCCAUCUAAUUGUGCAAAAAUGAUCACUUGCACAGUCAAAAAUAUAACCAGAUCUAAAUCUCUGCCUCCCCCCUUCCCAGAAUAGUUCUCACUAUCUACAUGUAGACAUUCCUUUCUGUAUAAAGUUCACUCUAAGAUUUCAAAGUCACCACCUAUUUUACUGUGUUUUAGUCAUGUGAAGUCAAUUUGUUUUGUAAUAGUUAUAUUUAUUUGUAGUAAUUUAGUGUGCUGAUCAAAAGCCUUGUCUUAAUUUUUGAGAAAUGGGUUUAGUGUUUAUAAAUUCCAGUUUAUUAAUUAAUGGCUUUGUAUUGCCUUUCUUGCUAGAUAUGUUUUUGCUUUUUUCCCCUUUAGUUAAGAGACUAAGAUGGGGUAGGAUGGGUGUAGUGAGUUUAUAUAAUGUGAUCUGGCCCUGUGUAUUAGGAUCUUUUGUUGUUUCAUUGUUAUAAUAUUUAAAUUUUGGUAGUUUUUUUCUUGUUUGUUUUCAUUUUAGUGGAUAAAAUUGGUAUUUUGAACUCUCAGAAUGGGAGACUACCACCACAACAUUAGUUGCAUGUAUUGUACCCUUUAGGUCCAAAUCACUGUUUUAUUUCCUGAUUUACCCAGGUGUUGAAUAUGGCGAAAGGGGUUGGAGGGGUGGGAGAAAUGGGAUUGCUUGUUUAUCGUUUCCAUUAGAGAAAUAAGAAACAGGAGGGAAUAUUUGACAGAUGUAGUUUUUUUUUUAGUGAAAUCUGCUUUACAAAAAAGAAGUAGCCUUUUUUUUUCAUCUGUGAAAUGAAAAUAGUACCUAUCUUAUAGUUAUGAGAGUUCAAGGAGAACCAGGUAUGUGAAAUACCUGCUAUAAAUGUUAAUUCCCUUCCUAACACUUGAUUACCCUCUAGGUUUGCCUUGACUCUGGAAAUUGGGGCUAAAACUUAGACAAUAACUCUUUCAGUGACUCUUACUCAUCUUUAUUGGUGUUUCUCAUAGUUAAGAUGUAAAUUACAAUAAAUAAAUAGGUCAAGUCCUUACAAAUAUUUAAAUUUCUUUUUUAAAAACUUGAAAAAGUAUUCUCAAAUUUAGUUGAGCUUUCCUAAUAGAAGCAAAUGGCUUAUUCCCACCAUCAUAAUUAGUUUCAAUUUGAUUUGUAUACUUGGCACAAUGUGAAUUUCAUUUGCAGCAUGACAGAAUUAUAGGGUGUCAAAGCUAGAAGUGACCUUAGAGAGUAUCUAAUUCAUCCCCCUCAUUUUACAGAUGAGGCAGCUGAGGCUCAAGGUAAAGUGAUUUGUUUAAAGCUAUAUAGCUAAUUAGUAGAAGCCCAGACUGGGAUAUAGUUUGAAGGUGAAAAACUUCAAGCUGCUUCUCCUGGGAGUUCUCAAAUGUUUAUUUUUUCAACUAGUCUGUCUUCUAUACCAUAACUUUCAUUACAUAUUAAGUGACACUUUAUAACUAACACAAUAGGACAAUCUUAAAUACAUAUAUCUUCAAAUUAUACAAUACUACAUUAAUGUUUGGGUGGUAAGAUUCUAUUUUAAAGUCUAAAGUUUGCAGAUAUGUGUAUAGAUUUUUUUGGCAUUUACUGCAUUCUUAUUGUGUAUCACUAAUGUAAUGUUUAAAAUUACUACAUAUUUGGUCAUUUUGUUUAUACUUACCCUGUUUCCCCGAAAAUAAGACCUAGCCGGACAACCAGUUCUAAUGUGUCUUAUAAUAAAAUAAGACAGGGUCUUACAUUAAUUUUUGCUCCAAAAGAUGCAUUAGACCUGAUUGUCCGGCUAGGUCUUAUUUUCGGGGAAACACAGUAGUUACAAAUUUGCAUUUUUGAUUUGAUAUAACAAAGGCUUUAAUGUAACUUUUGCUAGAAGAUUUUGCAUUUUUUUCAUUACUGUUAAAUUUCAUCUAACCUGACAGAAUGACUGAUUGUUGUGUUAUUGUUUUAGUGUUGUGAAUAAUCAUGAGAAAUGUUUCGAGAUAGAGUAUAUUUGUGAAUAUUAUUUUAUGACUUUUUCCAUUUAGUAGAUAACUUCCCAUCAAUAUGAAAAACUGAAAAAAAUUACUUUCCACUGCAUAAUCUAGAAGUCAUAGAUUGAAGCUUAUUUUUCUGUGAAUAAAACCUAUUCAAUAAAGUACUAUUCUUUAAAAUGGUA